AUGCAGCAAAUGCCCGGAGGCUUUCCUGGAACCGGUCGGCCAUCGAUGGACAACUUGUCGGCAAGACCGCUUCCUCCUACACCGCCUUCAUGUUUCAUCAGCGGCGCUCCCAUUGUCACGCCAAGACAAAGCUCGCUGCGCCUGACUUCGAUCGAGGAAGAUCGCGACGAAGCUGUGAGAUCACAAGCUGACCUGUCGAGCAGCUCUUGGCGAGCGCAUGCUCAAAGUCAGCGGUCCACCGCUACCGAAACCAAAGCGUUGCCCUCGAUACCAUGGGCACCUCCACCCGAAUGGAUGCAAGAGGCUGAAAGCGCAGGUUCGCACGCUUCCAAUUACGUGCAGGCGCGAAGCAAGUUCAGCGCUAGCCCUGACUCGACCGCACGAGGCAAGCUGCUCCGAAGAUUUGCAAGGACACGGAAAGCCAGUGCUGCGAGUCACAAACGAGCUCCCCGGACCGGUAAAGCGAACGAUGACGUGGUCGCGCUGACACCGCAUGCUGCGUUGCAAACAAAGUUCCCUAUGCUGAGACCGACGACUCCUCUAGAUGACGCCUCAAAUGCUCGCGGCUCGCGACUGACUUCGACCUUCACGGGCAUUCGCACGAAGCUGUCAAGAGCACCACUCGCGCUGUUCACGCAGAACGGAGAGCUGUGCGCAAGGGAAGAUGGCCAAUUCGACCUUCUUCAAGCAAAAGGCAAUAGGCCAGAGCUUUCCGAUGACGGUCACGCUCAGACGAGCAGUCUUAGGUGGCCUUUCGGGCGUAGUAAAUUCGGUCAAGAUUUGGAGACCAUAGCUUCUGUUCCCACACGCUCGGGUAUGCUUUGGCCCCAGGACAAGCGAGCCUCCGCUUCUUCGCAAGAUCGCGUCUCUGUUACCACCUCCAAGAACUCGUCAAGGUCUCGCAAGGUUUCUACAAGAUCUCGCAAGAGUUCCACUCAGCGCCUGAGAGUUCCUUCGAGUGCUUCACGUAAGCUCGGAGCUUCUUCCGCCAGAUCUCCCGCCCGAGGCCGCAGCGCACCGCGCCGACUUCGUUUGCUUUCGACCACCCGUGUCGCCCAACGUAACGCCGCCCAGCGGUUCGACGCACGCGGAUCUGUUAGAAGAUCUAUUCGUGAUUCUUGGAUAGACGUUGCAGAUUUUCAGCCCCCUCUCGACCGACAUGCCGAAAUGUGGAAACUGCGAUCGACGUCCGCUUGGACCAAUGAUAAAGCCGCCAUCGUGAAGCCUUCGUGGUGGAGCAUGAUUCGGAGAGGCAAAGACCUUGGCACCAUUAGCAAAGACGGUCCUUCCAUCGAUGAACCCGUCGCACUCACAGGAGAGACGAUAGACGUAGCUAGCUCAAUACCGUAUCUCCGAAGGAGCGAUGACAUUUUGCGAAGAUCCUCCUUAUUUGAUGACCUCCCUCAUCUCACCGGGCGGGGCUCUCACAGCGUCGACUUACUCCGACCUUAUCAGCCCAUCAGAACGGAGUUGCCGUUCAAGCCAGCCCCAAGGAUGCGACCUGCGCUUCCAGAUCUCCAACUCUGGGCGACAAUGUCUCAUACCCGUCCGACCGUCGAACAGGCCGUAGAACCGCAAGGGACGCGUGACCGCGGGGACCAAAGCAGGAACAGUAAGCGGAAAAGCGAAGAUCGGCCUUGGCUAAGACCUCUACGUUUGCCUCAAUCGGCUGGUCUUAGCCCCACGACAUCGCCAAAGAGCUCAGCGCUUUCUCAGGCCGUUUCCACCCCCUUAAUUGUGACACCACCGCUCUCUAGCGGCAGAUCUACGAACGCGGAAAACUUCUUUGCUUCUUCUUCUCUGCCCAUUCCUCCUCGCAGUCACAGAAGUAGGGCUAGCACGGUCAGCUCAUACGAUGACCGGGAUCGCUCUCUGACCGUCGCUCUAGCACCAGUCGGUGGUACAAAUGACACGAUGGUCAGCGUGCAGACUGUGUCGUCUUCGAUUCUGUUCGCCGACGCUGCGCUGCGUAGUCUGCCUUCCCAUCAACAUGAAAAUGCCGAGCAAGCUGCAAACGCAGAAUUUGGAAGCACGAAAAGACCUUGGCCCUGCCUCCGAAUCCCACCUAAAGAGCCUCUUCCCGCUCCUCCAGUGUCGGCGGCCGAGUCGACAUUCACGAUCAGACCUGCACCUGCGUCAUCUUCGACUUCGAACACUACAGCAGCUAGUCGCCGCACCAGCAUCACGCGAACUUCGCAGCAGGCGACCUCUGACUACGUCACGAAUAGACCUCUCAGCGAACCGUGCGCGCGCCGUGAAAGAUUGCUUUCUGCCACGCCUCGCAGAGCUUCGGUACCCACGCCUGGCCGGGACACGAGAAGAAGAGCGGGAGAGGCGACUCUGGAUCUUGUCGCCUUAUGCGAAGACUUCCUCGAUUCGCCUGCACUGAAGACACCAUUACGCCGACGAGCAAGUUGCAAAGUCCAAUCUCGGAUCACUCCAGAGAAUUGGGGGCUUGCAAGGCGAGCUGGACGGUGCGACAGCGCCAUUACGGUCCUUACUUAUGAGUCGACGGUCUACAGUGCUAGCCUUGCAGGCACGGAGGCCGAAGAUGAACAGCGCCUCAUCGAAGAUUUGAUGGCUUCGUCAGACGAGGAAGUCGAGGAUGGGAACAGGCGGCAGUCUGUGAUUUCGAGUCUUGGCGCGCAGAGCGACGAUGAAGAGCCUUAUCAAGCGCAUCCCCAGGGAAGAAGAUACAAGUCUGUCAAGCGCGUCUUCGGGCUUUCAGUGGCCGCCGAGAUCUCGGAUGCUCAUAUUCUGCUGUCUGCUCCGCCGGAAGACGUCUUGCAGCCUGACGAUCCCCGGCAAAGGGCUGACAGCACAAUCUCGAUCGCAAGCAGUCUUGAUAGCAUUGCUGACGAAGCCCAUGCAGGACGUGCUAUGACGGACUCGCCCUGCCCCCCUUCGCGCUGCCACGGCGUGAAUCGAGGUGAUUGGAUCUCACAAUCAAGCAGUCUGCAAGAAGAAUGCAAGAAGAGCAAAGCCAGCGGUGGGCGCAAAGGAGCCUCUGUCACCGAUGACAGCUCGAUGCAAGGGGUGAGCCGUGGUACCAAACCUUGGGAGAAACCUUCCGAGAACGAGGAUGGACGCGAACUGGCAAAGGCAGGACCCCGCUCGGAGCUCUCUUGUUUCCCAUCAUGCACGAAUGCAGUACAGGAUCGCGGAGAAGUCGCAGAUGAUUCCACGUCCGCGAUGAACGGUAAUCUGCUCGCCUCGCCGAUGUUCUCAACAUCUGUCUCGUCUCUCAACUCCACACCCUCCUCGUUCAGCGUGAGCGCAUCGCCUCUGUGGUCUCUCAGACGGAUGUCCUCGACAUCGACCGGCUUGACCGAUCUUACCGAAACCUUUGAAGGGGACCUGACCAUUGACACCGCCCCCUCCAUCCACGACGUCUUCCAAUCGUCCCCCCCAUGCAAAACCACAAGCGAAGGUCCGACGCGCCCGCCCACUUCAUGCACUCUGCGACCAGAUGCUGAUGAUUGCCCCGGUGCGGCCCCUACGCCUUUCGAGAAAGCGCGCCAGUGGUUGUCUGCCCUGUCUAGCGACUGGCAUACCUCUUGUCACGCGAUUGUUGAGGAGGUUGCACGCUCAAAAUUGGCCUGGGCUUGCACACCCUUCAGCAAUAGCUUGCUCGCUUCCUUCAAACCUCCCACCGACACGCACGGGCUAGGGGUCUUCUUGAUAGAGUCUCAAGCACGCUUUCGUCCUCUCGCCGAGCAAAAGAUUGUGACUGUAGGGGACAUGCACUCGAACUCCAUCCUGGAUACGCCGAAGCGCUGGCGCCAUCUUUCACCGGUUGCCGAACAGCACCUGCGCGAGCAACUGAACAGUCCAUCGUCUAGCCUUUUCGCUUGUCAGCCCGAUGAUCAGGCGGCCACUCCCGCUGUAACUUGCAGCCGUUCUUGCGACCCGUUUGGUUCGGAGCCUCGCUACCGAUCAGUCUCAACUUCAAAGUCUCCCCGCUCGCCUCCAUCCAUCGUUUUACACAGUCCUUCCAGCGCAUCCGCCACCACUGAAAGUUGCCUGAGCAGGUCUUCAUCCUUGGCUUCAUCCUUAAUUCAGACACGCAGACAUUCUUUGAGACCACCGUCGACGUACUAA